UUCACCAAUCACCCAUUAUAGGAGUACAAUUUUAUAUUAGAUGGUGUACCAUCAAAUAAAAUAUAAUAUCAAUGGUGGAAAUUUCGCGAAGUGGGACCUACCUAUUGACACUAGCCAUUUCUACUCCUCUUUUAAAAGACAUGUGAAUCAUAUCUUCUCUACUGUUAGUUUUUCCUCUUUUUGUAGGAUAUUUUUUCACUUCCAAAGAGAGAUACACAGGGAACAAAACAUUAAAGAGAAGUGAGAAAGGAUUCAACUCCAAUAAUGGGUCUUAAGAGCCUACUAGUAGUUCUCUUGUGCUUGGCUUUUAUAAGCCCUUACUUCUUUCCACAAACUGAAGCCUUAGUGAGAAUGACUCUAAAGCGGCGUGCCCUCGAUCGUGACACUUUCAAUGCAAUGAGAAUUGCAAAGAAAUUGGCAUCAGAUCAAAACGCUAGGCAUGUGCUUCAAUCUGGUUACGACAGUUCGAAAACAGACACAGUGUAUCUAAAAGAUUACUUGGGUGCACAAUACUAUGGAGAGAUUGGUAUUGGCACACCUCCACAAACAUUUGAUGUGAUAUUUGAUACUGGAAGUUCUAACCUUUGGGUUCCAUCAUCAAAAUGCUUGUUCUCUAUUCCUUGCUAUUUUCACUCGAAGUACAGAGCUAGGAAGUCGAGUACAUACACUGCCAAUGGGAAGUCGUGUCAUAUAAAUUAUGGUACGGGGUCUGUCUCUGGUUUCUUCAGUCAGGAUGAUGUAACAGUUGGGGAUCUUGUUGUAAAGGAUCAAGUAUUUAUAGAAGCAACAAGAGAAGGAAGCCUUACUUUUGUACUAGCUAAAUUUGAUGGCAUAUUCGGACUUGGGUUCCAAGAGAUUUCUGUUGGAAAUGCUACUCCUGUAUGGUAUAACAUGGUAGAUCAAGAACUUGUGAAAAACCAGGUUUUCUCAUUCUGGCUUAAUAGAGAUGUAAAUGCCGAAGUUGGAGGGGAGUUGGUAUUUGGAGGAGUUGAUGAGAAUCAUUACAAGGGAAAGCAUACUUAUGUGCCAUUAACCGAGAAAGGUUAUUGGCAGUUUAAUAUGGGAGAUUUCUUAAUUGGGAGUUACUCAACAAGUUUUUGUGCUGAUGGUUGUGCUGCUAUCAUAGAUUCUGGGACCUCGUUACUUUCAGGUCCAACGCCAGUAAUUACUGAAAUCAAUCACGCUAUUGGUGCUGAAGGUGUUAUAAGCAAUGAAUGUAAAGAUAUUGUUAACCAGUAUGGAGAUAUGAUAUGGGAUCUUUUGGUGUCCGGGGUGAAUCCAAAUAAAGUAUGCUCUCAGCUUAACUUGUGCACCAUUUACGGCAGUGCUGGUUUAGAAUCAGUUGUAGAAAAAGAGAGCGGGAAGAAUGUGGAAGGUGGAGACUUGUUUUGCACCGCCUGUCAGAUGACUGUGGUUUGGGUUCAGAACCAAUUGAAGCAAUCGAAAACCAAGGAUUAUGUACUUGAUUAUGUAAACAAGCUUUGCGGUAGCUUACCUAGUCCGCACCAAGAAUCAGUUAUCGACUGUGAUACCAUCCCCAACUUGCCAAAUGUGACGUUUACGAUUGGUGAUAAACCUUUCACCUUAAGCCCUGAUCAGUACAUUAUGAAAACCGGAUCAGGCUUUGCAACAAUUUGCCUUAGCGGGUUCAUGGCAUUUGAUGUGCCUCCUCCGAGAGGCCCCUUGUGGAUCCUCGGAGAUGUAUUCAUGGGAGUUUAUCACACUGUCUUUGACUACGGUAAUCUUCAGUUGGGUUUCGCAGAAGCUGCUUGAUUAGCAUCUCAAGUCGCCCCUACCCGUGCCAUGUAAUUGUAGCUGUGUAAUAAUGUACUAGUGCUUGUUUAGAUGUUGUACUAGAACCAAAUUUGUUCACCCAUGAGAUGUGUACCUUAUUUGAACAUAAACCGAUGCAGUUUGAAGCAAUGCGUUGUAUGUAAAUUGCUAUAUCAUGCUUCAAUUUGAAGUUUUAAGCAUGUUGAGUGUUGA